AUGUUGUGGUUUUAUCUAAUAUUAAUAUUAAUUAUUGUUAUAUAUAUUUUCACUGUAAAAUCGAAAAAUUCUUUUAAAAUAAGAGGUAUAGAACAUGGCCCUUCAAUUCCGAUAUUUGGAGAUUCGUGGAGAUUAUUCACGCGAAGGGAGACGUUUGGAGGGAUGCUCGAAAGAACUUAUAAUGAAAGGGGAGUAGGAAAAAGAUACUAUGGGAUAAGCAACAUGGGCCUUAACAUCGUAACUAUCAAAGACCCAGAGUUGAUUAAACAAAUAACAGUCAAGGACUUUGACCACUUCACUGAUCACCUUCAAUUCAUCAAAGGCGACGUGGAUCUUUUAUGGUCGAAAAAUCUGUUCGCCUUGGAGGGAAAAAAGUGGCGCGACAUGCGAACAACUCUUUCGCCGGCGUUUACCAGCAGCAAAAUGAAGCUGAUGUUCACCUUGAUCCAAGACGCCUCCAAAACCUUCGUGGACUAUUUCGAGAAGCAAAAUCAAGACGUCGUGGAAGUCGAAUUAAAAGACGCGUUUACUAGAUUCACCAACGAUGUUAUAGCGACCACUGCGUUCGGCAUAAAAGUUGACUCUUUGGCUGAAAGAAAUAAUACUUUCUACCUAAUAGGGAAAAAGGCGACGAAUUUUGGAACUAUUGGAACGGUAUUGAAGUUUAUUGUACAAGCAGCAUGCCCACCUUUUGCUAAAUGGAUGGGAUGGGGUAUGUUUUCCCUUGAAGUAUCGGCUUUCUACAGAAAAACAAUCAAGGAAACAAUUGAAGUGCGCGAAAAGAACAACAUCGUACGGCCUGACAUGAUCAACUUGCUCAUGGAGGCCCGUAAAGGCAACCACAUCGAUGACGAUGAUAAUGUUACUGACACCUCGUUUGCCUCGGUGGAGGAAACUUUAGCUGCAAAACCAAAAGAAGUAAAGCAAAGAUUAACAGACGAUGACAUAACCGCGCAGGCCUUGCUUUUCUUCCUUGGAGGAUUCGAUUCUGUAUCGAAUUUGAUGUGUUUUACCGCCUACGAGUUGGCAGCGAAUCCAGACAUCCAAGAUAGGGUUAGACAGGAAGUUUUGGAUACAGUUGAAGAUUGUAAUGGGAAAAUAACCUACGAGGGUGUAAUGAAGAUGAAAUACUUGGACAUGGUUAUAUCAGAGAGUCUACGUAAGUGGCCAAGCGCAGUUCAAACAGACAGAGUAUGCACUAAACCGUACACAAUUGAACCAGCUUCUCCAGGCGAAAAGCCCAUUAAGUUAGAAACAAAUGAAUGCAUCUGGAUACCGGUUUAUGGCCUACACAGGGAUGCCAACUAUUUUCCGAACCCGGAAAAAUUCGACCCAGAGCGAUUCAGCGAAGAAAACAAGUCGAAAAUUUUGCCGUACACGUAUCUACCGUUUGGGGCGGGACCUAGAAACUGCAUAGGCUCCAGAUUCGCUCUACUGGAAGCCAAAUUGGUUUUGUGCGAGUUGCUGAGGAAGUUCCAAAUAGUGCCAACGGAAAAAUCGCAAAUUCCACUGAAAUUGUGCGUGGGUACUUUUACCAUGGCCAGCGCAGGAGGCUUUAACUUUGGUUUCAAAAAAAUGUAA